UCUGUCACCUUGGAACUGUGUGAAGUAGGUCUGGCUUCACCCUGCUUGGCACUCAGCUUUGAGGUCUCAGCACCUCCAGAGCAGGCUCAGCCUGGGUCAGCUCAGUGUCCUGGGGGGUGACCAGGGCGAUGCCCUGCCAUGCAGCCCAGGACUGGGUCAGCAUCGCAGGCUGGCCAGCCCUUUCUUGCCGGGAGGGCAUGGCAGGGGCCCAGCCAGGAGCCCACGUGGUUCCUGUAGCUGGCGUUGCCUCCUUCCUUCACGACCAGGCCGGGGGAAAGCCGGCUCUGAAGCGGCAAGACCCUUGGAACAAGCCUGCCUGGGCGGCAGCCCAGCCCACCCCCAGGCCAGGCCUUCUGCCGCCGUGCCCUAAGGCCCGAGGGGCUGGGGGCUCUCUAGGUCCUGCUGGAGCGGAGUGCCCAGAGGCAGAGCGUGGUCGGCAGGCGCUUACAGGUCAGCGGGACAGGUCAGAAGGGGUGAAUCUUUGGGGCUGAGCGGACAGGAAGAAGGUGGGACAUAGACUCAGGGCGCCAGGGCUGAGACCAGGGCGCCGAGAGGGGCAGCGCGGGUGACUCAGCCGCCGCGUCUCUCACCUUUGCUCCGGAGCCAAGCGGGAGGUGGGCGGGGCGGCCCACCAGGGGGCGUGGCAGCCGUGGACCGGUCCGCGCCCCGCCCCAGGCGCCUACCCGCGGUCCCGGGACCUCGGCCUCCGGCUCCCCGACGCCGCGCCGUCAACGCCUGGUCCGCCCCGCGCCCCCAUGGCCGGGAAGGCGCUGUCGCUGCUGCCGCCGCUGCUGCUGGCCGCGGCGGGCCUCGCCGCCUUCCCCGGCCUCCUGCUGCUGUGUGUCCCCACCCGCGACAUUCGGGAGCCGCCCGCCCUCAAGUAUGGCAUCGUUCUGGACGCCGGCUCUUCCCACACAUCCAUGUUCAUCUACAAGUGGCCAGCGGACAAAGAGAACGACACAGGCAUCGUGGGCCAGCACAGCUCCUGUGAUGUGCGUGGUGGGGGCAUCUCUAGCUACGCUGACAACCCUUCUGGGGCUGGGCAGAGCCUUGUGGAAUGCCUGAACCAGGCGCUUCGGGAUGUGCCCAAGGAGAGACACGCGGGCACGCCCCUCUACCUGGGAGCCACAGCGGGCAUGCGCCUGCUCAACCUAACCAAUCCAGAGGCUGCGGCCAACGUGCUUGCGGCCGCGACGCAGACGCUGACCCAGUAUCCCUUUGACUUCUGUGAUGCCCGCAUCCUCUCAGCCCAGGAUGAGGGGGUGUUUGGCUGGGUGGCCGCCAACUACCUGCUGGAGAACUUCAUCAAGUAUGGCUGGGUGGGCCAGUGGUUCCGGCCAAGGAAGGGGACGCUGGGGGCCAUGGACCUGGGGGGCGCCUCCACACAGAUCACCUUCGAGAUGGCCAGCGCAGCUGAGGAUCCGGCCAAUGAGGUCCAGCUGCGGCUCUACGGCCACAGCUUCCUCUGCUAUGGCCGUGACCAGGUCCUCUGGAGGCUGCUGGCCAGUGCACUCCAGACCCACGGCUUCCACCCCUGCUGGCCGAAGGGCUACUCCACUCAUGUGCUGCUCCAGGAUGUGUAUGAGUCGCCAUGCACUGCAGCCCAGCGGCCCCAGACCUUCAACAGGAGCGCCAAGGUCAGCCUGUCGGGAAGCAGCGACCCUGCCCUGUGCCGUGGCCUCAUCUCUGAGCUCUUUAACUUCUCCUCCUGCCGCUUCUCUAGACGCUCCUUCAACGGCAUCUUCCAGCCCCCUCUGGCUGGAAAGUUCAUUGCCUUCUCUGCUUUCUUCUACACGGUGGACUUCCUGAGAACUGUGAUGGGGCUGCCCGUGGCAACCCUGCAGCAACUAGAGGCGGCCGUGGUCACCAUCUGCAACCAGACGUGGAGUGAGCUGCAGGCUCGGGCGCCGGGGGAGCGGGCCCGCCUGCCCGACUACUGCGCUGGGGCCACAUUCGUGCAGCAGCUGCUGUGCCGCGGCUACGGCUUCGACGAGCGCACCUUCGGAGGCGUGACCUUCCAGAAGAAGGCCGGGGACACCGCUGUCGGCUGGGCGCUCGGCUACAUGCUGAACCUCACCAACCUGAUCCCCGCCGACCCGCCCGGGCUGCGCAAGGGCACAGACUUCAGCUCUUGGGUCGUCCUCCUUCUGCUAUUCGCCGCCAUGACCCUGGCUGCGUUCGUCCUUCUGCUGCACCGGGCGUGCUCUGCCAAGUCGCCGAGCGCCAUCUAGGGGCGGGUUGGCGGCAGCUGCCCCAGCCCCAAGGCCCCCAUGCCUCACCCCACCCCACUCUCAACAUCUCUGUCCCUAAUGAAGCCCGGGAGCAAGGCUCUGGCGACCACGCCCACAUUUGGCCGGAUCGGCGAAGGCAACCGGCUCCAGCGCCCUCCUGCCCACUCCUGCCUUGGCUUCAUCGCUGGGCCUAGUGUGCCUCCUCCUCUUACUGUGGGUGGGGAUUCAGACACCCCGCAGCCCUCAGCCUGUGAAUGCGGGGUUGGGUCCGCAGGGAAUGGAGUCCUGAGAGUCCCCUCCCACCCCCAGUCUUGGGUUUUAGGGGGAGGGUCAGAGCCCACAAGCUGGGAGCCAGCCCAGCGCCUACUUGUAAAAAUUUUGUAGUAAAAAGUUUUUCAUAGAGCAGUGGAGAGAAUGUCCGUGGGGUGGGGCGUCUCUGCUGUUGCCGGCCCUCCCUCGCCACAGUUAAAAAAAAUUUUUUUUGGCCGCGUUGGGUCUUCGUUGCUGCGCACGGGCUUUCUCUAG